CAGUUUAGUUGUCAAAUUAUACAAUAAUAACAUUGGGGUUUAGGGUUUUUGUAAUAUAUAAUGCAAUUAAAAGGAUUAUUUAAAUGAAAAAUCCAUUUUUAUUUCUUUUAAAUAUCGUUGUUUUUGAUUGAGUAUACUGUGAAUUUAUAUUUUUGUAUAUUACGAUAACUUUUCAUUCAUUUUCAUCGAAAGAAGAGAACAUAACCUAACAUUGUAACAAUAAUCAGCUGAAAUCGUUUAAAAAUGUCUGAAGAGAAGAAUAAGUCGUCUGCAGAAGCAAAACCUGCAUCAAAUGAUACUAAUAAGAGCCAAUCGGAGACUGCACCAAAGAAGGAUGAAGCCUGGGGUUACGAUUUGUAUCCCGAAAGACGCGGUACCUUUACACCGAAAUUAAGUAAUAUUCUGAUCGGUAAAGAAGGAAAAGAGAACAUUGAUAAGUUUAAAUGUGAACAGCACGUCUAUGAGUGUGUCAAAAACAGUUCUAUUGUAAAGGUAAUGAUGGCCGCUUUGAAAAGUUCUGGAUGCCCUAUAGACAUUCGGCGACACAUAUCAUGUGAAAUAUGUGACUACUCUGUCAGUGGGGGCUAUGAUCCAGAAUUGAAUCAGAUAGUCGUCUGCCAAAAUGUUUCAACCCGUCAAGGAAUGGUGCAAGGAGUACUAGCACAUGAAAUGAUACACAUGUUUGACUACUGCCGGAACCAGCUGGACUUCAAGAAUAUGGAACAUCUAGCUUGCACGGAGAUUAGGGCAGCUAACCUUACACAUUGCUCCUUUGCAAGUGCCUGGUCACAGGGUGAUGCUUCAUGGGGCAAAAUUAAAAAGGCACAUCAGGAUUGUGUGAAAACCAAGGCUCUAUAUUCUGUGCUGGCUGUCAGACAAAUUGGCAUGAAAGAGGCUGUGGACAUAAUCGAAAAAGUCUUCCCCAAAUGCUAUGAGGACCUGGAGCCAAUAGGAAGAAGGAUAAGAAGGAACUCUGAUGAUAUGCUCAAGGCAUUCAAAGAAGCAGCAUAUUAUGGGUAUGAAUAGUUUAAUAGCACUAAUUGUUGGUUAUUAUGUAGAUAGUGUAAUAUAUGUAUGUACAAUACAAUCAAAUAGAGAAAUAUGUUAAAUAAAACAGCUGGAAAAUGAUUUAAAAUAA